CUGGAAGCGGAGGAGUGGUACAAGACGCUGUCAGUUGAGUGCCUGGGCGCCCGCCUGAAUGACAUCAGCCUGGGGGAGCCGGACCUGCUGGCACCCGGCGUGCAGUGUGAGCAGACGGACCGAUUCAAUGUGUUCCUCCUCCCCUGCCCCAACCUGGACAUUUACGGCGAGUGCAAACUGCAAAUCACCCACGAAAACAUCUACCUCUGGGACACCCACAACCCCCGCGUCAAACUGGUCUCCUGGCCCCUCUGCUCCCUGCGCCGCUACGGGCGCGAUGCCACCCGCUUCACUUUCGAGGCCGGACGGAUGUGCGAUGCGGGGGAAGGUCUCUACACCUUCCAGACGCAGGAAGGCGAGCAGAUCUACCAGCGCGUGCACAGUGCCACGUUGGCCAUCGCCGAGCAGCACAAGAGGGUCCUGCUGGAGAUGGAGAAGAACGUCAGGCUGCUGAACAAGGGCACCGAGCACUUCUCCUACCCCUGCACCCCCACCACCAUGCUGCCCCGCAGCGCCUACUGGCACCACAUCACCGGCUCCCAGAACAUGUCCGAGUCCUCCAGCUAUGCAGGGGAGGCGUACGCGGGCGCCAAGGCCAGAUCCGACACCGUUUUUUUCCUCAACAGGUUCAUCUUGCUGAAGCCAAAGUCCUCCAAAAGCGACAAGCCUGAAAGCAGGGAGCCCACAUCGUCCCCGUGA